AUAGAUAACGUGCUUAUACAAUAGUAGAUUACUAUCAUAUGUUAUAUCAGCAUAUCUGUAUCCUAAGCAUAGUUACUACAAGUAUAAUUUUUAUUUAUGCACUCAUUUCAUUGAGAUUACCAUUGCCUACAAAAUGUUUACCCAAUUUAAGUGGGGAAGAAUUCAUCAUAACUGAAUCUAUUCAAAAAAUCAUUCGAAACAAAUCUUAUAUUGAAAUAUAUGACUGUAUUUUAUGUCUAUUUUAUUGGUUAAAUAAAUAUAUUAUUACUGUAUUUCCUCAUAAAUUUGCAUUUCAUCGGCAUUGGUUAUACAGAAAAACUUCAAAUAUAAUUUGGGAUUUAGUUGUCAAGUCAUUCAUUUGGUUUACAACACUCUCCUCCAUUUAUAUAUUCAUAAUUUUACUUGAUGAGAUUGGUUCGUUUGACAAUUUAAUCAUGAUACAUUUUAAAAAAAUAUUUGAGAAAAUUCAUUCAAAAGACAUAAAUCCUGAUCAGCUUGCCAUAUAUUUCAACUAUUUCGAAAAUAUACAAAGACAAUACAAGUGCUGUGGAAUAUAUUCUGCAGAAGACUGGUUCGAUGUAACCCAAUACCAGGGAUUGUUUACUGAAGUAAGUAAUGAAUUACUGUAUUCAUGGAAAGGGGUUUCUAAUAAUAUCCCGAAAAGCUGUUGUAAUGUAGAAGAAACAUUCAGUUGUUCUCAAAACUUUCUGAAAUCAACCAAAAUGAAAGCUUAUCAUUCCACAAACGAUCAAGCAAUUCAUAAUAGUACCUCCUUUAUUUAUACAGACGGAUGUUUGAACAGCGUGGCUGCCGAAGAACGACAGAUAAUGUACAGUUUUACCAUUAAAUACGGUAUUAUAGGCAUAUGUCUGCACAUCAUGCGAUUAACUACUUGUUGUGUUGUCUAUAAUCAAACUGAAAAGAAAAAUUUAAAUAACCUAGUAGAAAUCAAACAGUACUCUUUCAGGAGUUCAGCUUAUUUCACUUCGUUAAAAGACACGCGCUACAUAUCCAACUCACACUUAUCGAUUGCUUGUGAAAGUUAUUGGCUUCUCGGACAACCAGCUUUUAUGCAGCUACAGUUUGAAAAGUUAAAAUCAAAGUGGUUAGAAAAGAGUAUAUGUAUAGGUUGGAUGUUUUACAAAAAAAGCAAACAUUACGUAACAUUUCUACGUCGAAUAAACUUUCAGAAAAAAGGUAUACAAACGGACGAAUUCCGUCAGUUUCUGCGCUAUUCGAUACCAUCUUUUGAAAUGAUAAUCUAUGCUGACGGUAAUGAUAAAGAGGAGAUUGAAGCAAAUAUGAUCUACGGUGGUUACAUUGCACGACUCUCAAGAAUGAUAUGCUUCUUGUUGUUUGGAAUUUUUAUUGGUGAGUUUUUCUUAGCAACAGUAAUACCUGUUAAAAAUGAAUCUAUUGAAUUGCCUUCUUGUGAUAAAGUAAUACCUGAUUAUAUUAUUCAAAGAGAUGCUGAAGCACUGGCAAAUGAUGUUGAGUGGAUAACUAGAAUAUUUAUUCGAAUUAUAAUCACACUAACUGCCAUGGCGUCGUGCAGAUUUCGUUGUCUUCUCCUAUUAAUAAUUCCAAGCUUAGCUCAGACAAUUGGUUUAUCCUAUCUAGGCAAUGAAUUGUUGCAUGUGUCUAUAACAGGACCCGUUCAAAAUUUAGAACAUAAUCUUCGUUCAGCGUCUGAAUCAAUAAUUUGUUUUAUUAAACUAGCUUACAAUAUGACAAGAGAUACAAACGAUUUUCUUGAGAAGGGUAAAGAAGUAAUUAAAUCAGAAGGAGAUUUAAAUUAUAUUGAGACUAUUAAAGUUAAAUCUGCUCAACUUAAAGAAAAAAUAAACCAAUAUAACGAAUCAAUUCAAAAUAUCAAUGCAGAAAUUGAAAAAGCGAAAACCAUGGUGAAACGUGCAGAAUCUUUUCUUGGCUCAGGUAUCAAUGAGACGAAUAUGUAUGCCCGUAUGUCUUUGGAAAUGGCUAAACAGGCUAAGUAUGAAAUGAUUAAAAAAGCUGAAGCAAGUAAAAAUAGCAUUAUUACAAUGAUGAAAGACAAAAGUGUGAAUAAAAGUAUAAUAAAACAAAUAACUGAUCGUAUUGUGGAUGGCUUACAAGUAGAAUACAAUAUAGAAACUCGUAUGCAAACCACAUGUAUGGUCUUCUACAAAACACGUGCAAUGAUAUGUAAACAAUCAUCAAUUAAAGCUUGUAGUCGUUUACAAACUAUUCUCAUUGCAGCAACACGCUAUCCUUUAUUGAUAAAAAAUACUUGUUUACGUAAAAUUGCUUCUGGUUUAGCGUGUCCAACUGAUCAAGCACUUGAAAAUGCAAUUAAUCAGUGUAGUUCAAGUUUAGAGAAAAUAGGCUAUUCUAGCGGAUUCGGUUCUUUAUUUUUACAAGCUCAACAAGAUUUAUAUAACAUUAAACAAACAUUUCACUUCACUAUACAACAUAAAUUAUUUCAAUUCGAACAAAUCACUAAUUGGUUUAAUCAAAGUUCUAAAGUUAUUGAUCGUGUAACUCAACAUACAAAAGAAAUCAUAUAUGUUAUCGUUAAACUAAGUUUAAUUUUAACUUAUUUACUAAGAACAAUUUGUUUAGUUGUAUUUUAUAAAGCUCAUAUCUAUAUAACAAAUUAUUUAUUGGAUCCGGAUCAUGAUAAUAUUUACAUUGAAUCACCAUUUGAAGAAAUUGAUUAUAAACGUUCAAAAGAAUCACGUGAAACGUUACUACCACUAAAAGGGUAUGAAUUGAAUAAUGUAAUAUGGCAUCAACAAAUGUAUACAAAAACUGAAUUAAAACGUGCAAUUCAAAAUUUAAUCAAAAUAGUUGGUUUUGGUUUCUGUUUAUCUAUAAUAUUCUUUAUUGAUUUUUAUAUAAGUGAAUUGGUUCAAGUAUUAGAUGAAGUAUCAAGUACAACAUUUAAAGUUGGCAAAGAAAUAAAUGACCGAAAUCAUUCAACUCAACAAACUUAUUCAACAUCAUUCAUUUUACAAGGUGAUGGAAUAUUUACUGAAUUACUUCAAAAAGGCAUCAAAAUGUUACAAUAUGCUAGUGAAAUAAAUCUUAUUUAUAAUUUAAAUAUAUGUAGUCCUAAAGCUAAAUAUACAAAGUCUAAAUACAUUAUACAUUUUAGUAUAUUAUGGUUAUUUAUAAUCAUUCUAUGUUUACUAUCUGGUUAUAUAUUACGUUUAAGACAUAAAUUAUUGAAUUUCUUUUAUCCUAAACGUUCAAAAUAUCGUUAUAUUCAUCUGUAUAAUAAAUUAUUAGUGAAUAGACGACGUCAAUUGAUCACUCAACGUAAUUUACUUGUUUAUCAAUCAAGAAAAAAUCAAUUACAAAUAGAAAUUAUUAAACAUUUAUCUAAUUCAUAUUUAUAUCAACAUAAUUCAUUAUUAAGUAGUAUAUUUAAACGAGAUAAAAAAAUUAAUUGUAUUAUAUGUAUGGAAAAAUAUAAAAUUUGUAAAGAAUCAUUUAUAUAUAUAUGCCCAUAUGAUAAUACAACUAUAUGUCAAUAUUGUUUAAUUACAUUAUUUAAUAAUCAUAAAAUAUGUAUCACUUGUUUAGAUAGAAAUUAUAAAAAAUUAAAACAAAUUAAUAAAAAUAUUUUAGCAUUAAAAGAAAAAAUUUUUUCAGAAUUAAUCACUAA